CUGCACCUACAUUUGUUGGUACUUAAACUUGGUUAGAGGAUUUAUUUAUGUUUAGGCAAGUCCGGAACUGAACAGGUACUAAAGAGAUCAAACCAUAAGACUCCUUAAAUACCUUCUUCCUGAUACCAGUGUCCCCAUAAGAGGACAAAGGAAGAAAAGGGCAACUGGAAACUCUAAUAAAGAAGCAGCAGGUGAGUUAAAUAAUUAUGAAUGUGAAGAAACAGCUGUGGUCCUUGGCCCGUAUUGCGCUGCCUGGUGUGGGAUUUUCGUUGACCUGCAGCGGGGCCUACCUGGUGUCCCUGCAGACAGAGUAUGGGUUCUCUUGGAAAGUCAUCCCUGCCUACAUCAUGAUUGUGUUGGGCUUCUUGGCUAUGCUCAUCGGAGUCUUCUGGAGCAUCUGCCACAGCAUGAAGAGCAAGAUGUACCAGAGAGGAAGACCUGAACGAAACAUCCAGGUCUACACUAUUGAAAGACCAAGUUCCUUCCCUCCAUCGUACGAGGAGUCACAGGGCAGCCAAGUGUGUCCUGAUACAGCCCCUGAGUUUGUUGUUGUGGUUGAUGGGGUGGAUGUGGUGAUGAGCCUCGCUCCUCCUCUGUACAGCCAGGACAGCUCGGAGGCUCCAGACUGCACGUGGAGUUGGGAGCAGCCUCCUCGGUACAGUCAAGUAGAGCGUAUUCAGCAGGGGGACGUGGAUGCAGAGGAGCGGAGGGAGGCCUUGUCUGGACACUGA